AUGGAAGCAAAGGGAGAUGUAUCGGAUAGUUCAUUUACCAGUGUCACCUCACUUACCCUAAAAGGUCCAAAAAAAAUUCCCCAACAAUAUGUUCUUCCUUCUUUUCAACGAUCAAACCAUAGCCUUCUUGAUCACAUAUCUACUGAAUUUCCAAUCAUCGACCUUUCCAUGCUCAACCACCCUGCUCACAUGCCCAAACUAGUCAAUGAAGUUGGUGCUGCCUGCAAGAAACUUGGGUUCUUUCAGAUACUCAAGAGGAAAUCUUUGUCCAACCCUUUUGAGUGGGAAAAGCUUUGUUCCAAUCAAAUGCACGCCCAAGUAAUAAACCAUGGGAUUCCUAGUUGGGUCAUGAAAGAUGCAAUAGACUCUGCUGAAGAAUUCUUUAGGUUGCCAAGCGACAAGAAGAUGUGUUUUGCUUCUACCGAUGUUCACGCGCCUGUAAGAUAUGGCACUAGUAUGAAUCAUGUGAUAGAUAAGGUGCUGUUUUGGAGAGACUUCAUCAAGCAUUAUGCUAAUCCGAUAUCAGAAUGGAUCCAUCUAUGGCCAUCGGAUCCUCCAAGUUACAGAGAGAAGAUGGGAAGCUAUGCAAAGGCGGUGAAUACAUUACAGAAGCAAUUAAUGGAAGUGAUCCUGGAAAGCUUAGGGCUGAAUGCGGAUUACUUACAUGAUGACAUAGAAGAAGGUUCACAAGUCAUGGCUGUCAACUGCUACCCGGCCUGCCCGGAACCAGAUCUUGCACUAGGGAUGCCACCACACACGGAUUAUGGUACCCUCACCAUCUUAAAUCAAAGCCAGCAAGGACUUCAAAUUAUGGACGAAGAUAAAAAAUGGCGCGCGGUUCCAUUUGUUCAAGGUGCCCUAAUAGUUCAGUUGGGAGAUCAAUUUGAAGUGUUGAGCAAUGGAAGAUACAAGAGUAUACGUCAUAGAGCCAUUCUUGACUCGCAUAAACAGCGCCUGUCAAUUGCUAGUAUUCAUAGUAUGCCCAUGGAGAAAAAGGUAGGACCAGCACCUGAGGUAAUUGAUGAGCAACACCCCGUUGCCUACAAAGAAGGGAGCUUCAGUGGAUUUCUUGAUCACAUAUCUGUUAAAUCUGUAUCAGAAGAUACGUACCUCGACACGUUAAAAAUUCAUGAAGCAUGAUAUAAACAAGCAUCGAAAUUCAAAGGAAGAUUUAUCAUGAUGGAGCUUACAGAAAUUAUAUGAUUCAGGGUGUGGCCCACCCUGUACUUUUAUUAAGUUUAGGCCUUAAUAUGCAAAAAAGACAAAAUUAUAGGCUUCCCUUUCCCUGUUUUGUAUGUAAAAUAUGUUUGUCCGCU